AUGCUAGCCGAUCCAAAGUUUAGUGUUUCGGAAGCGACCGAAUACUUUAUGAUGUGAAAAAUGCAGAGUGGUGUGAAGAAAAAAUGGGACUUUUCGAGAUUGCCUUAGCAGCGCUAUGUUUGAACGCGACAUGUCCCGGAGAAGAAGAGCCCCCUGAAUUCCCCGAAGUCCAGUACCUUGCCCCCGAUUCGAACGACCGCAAAACUUUGUUUGCCCAAUUAACCGAACAAUUAAAAAACGAAAAUUUGAUAAUCACCACACUUAAGAAUGAUCGACUGAGUGGUACCGAAAAGAGGAACAACACGAUUUUGGGUAAAGGCAUAGCUUUUGACCUUCUCAACAUUUUGCAAGACAAAUUCCAAUUUAAUUACACUUUAAUUGAGCCCAAAGCUAACGUAUGGGGGGCCGAAAAGUUCGGGGUUUUGGACCUGCUCAAGGAUAAAAAGGCGAAUUUAUCGGCUGCGUUUCUGCCAGUUUUGACCCAGUAUUCGAACCACAUUUCAUACUCCCCAAGUCUGGAUACAGGGGAAUGGGUGGUGCUUAUGAAACGGCCCAAGGAAUCAGCUACUGGGUCAGGACUGCUGGCACCGUUCAACCUCCCCGUUUGGUUGUUAAUUCUGUUGAGUCUUGUAGUUGUGGGUCCUGUUAUAUAUUUUAUUAUUUAUCUUCAAGCAAAGUUGUGCAAAGAUGAUAAUAACAAAGUGUUUCCUCUCCCAGCGUGUAUCUGGUUUGUGUACGGAGCGCUUUUGAAACAAGGCACCACGUUAAAUCCCAUGACAGACUCCUCGCGUUUGUUAUUUGCAACUUGGUGGAUUUUUAUCACGAUUUUGACCGCUUUCUACACUGCUAAUUUAACAGCGUUUUUGACUCUUUCAAAAUUCACUUUGCCAAUCACUGAACCUAAAGAUAUAGGAGAGAAGAGAUAUAAGUGGGUGACAACGAAAGGAAACGCCUUGGAGGAUACAGUUACUGUAAAUGAGUCUUUGACGGAACUUGGAAAAAUUCUAGGGCAACCGCAACGCUAUCUUUACGUUUCGGACUCAGAUAUUUUGAGAAACUACGUCCACAAGAGGAACUGGAUGUUUAUAAGGGAAAAACCAAUCGUGGAAUAUGUCAUGUACGACGAUUAUAAGGAAAAGACCCGAAACCAGAUUGAAGAGGCGAAACGGUGCACUUACGUUAUAACCAAAUUCUCAGUAGUGUCCUUUUCCCGAGCCUUUGCGUACUCGAAGGACUUCAAAUACAAACCGUUAUUCGACUCUACGAUUCAGUACCUUGUCGAAUCCGGGAUAAUCAAAUUCAAACUCCGGGAGGAGCUCCCGGACACGGAAAUCUGCCCUCACAAUUUAGGCAAUAAAGAACGCCAAUUGCGCAAUUCGGACCUCUUGAUGACUUAUGAAAUAGUCGGCGGUGGCUUCAUCAUUUCAGCUAUAGUUUUCAUAAUCGAAGUGAUAAUUCGUCGUCAGAAGAAACCAAAAACCAAAAGCUUGCCGUUGCAAAAUCCCAACAAACACACAUUUGAGAUUAAUCUCAACAAUAAUUACGAAAAGUUUGGGCAUUUCCCUUACAGUUCGAAGUUUGUGACACCACCUCCACCCUACCAUACGCUGUUUAACCCCCCGCAUAAGAGCGACAACAUGAAGAAGAGGAACUUCAACGGGCGGGAGUAUUGGGUUUAUGACUCGAUUUCGGGCGAAACGAAGAUGAUACCAAUGCGCACACCUUCAGCUUUGCUUUUCCAGUACACGAAUUAAGUGUGGAGUUUUUAAAUUUAGUGUUUGUGUCAAGAAAAAUGUUAAUAAAAUUUUAAUCAAAGAUUGAAACCCA